AUGCCUUUCCUUCCAUUCACCAGUCUGCUACCUCAUAUUGUCCGCCCCAGAUUCGUUGUCGUCAACACGGAGUUGAUGCGGAUCGCCCGAACGAGACAUUGUGCAGUUGUUGUUGUCAGUCAUGAUCGCCCAAUCUACGGAUUCAAGGACGCGAAAUAUCCGAACGACCCGGUUUCGGAAACCACGAAGCAGGAGUGCGUCAAGCAAUGGCCAGCCACUUUGAGCACGAAUUCACACAAGCGUCUUCUUCUCAGCGCAAUAUCCGAUUCACAGUUAGUGACCACAAAUGAACAACGUAAGUUGAAGAUUAGUCUGAUUCAAAAUACUGGCAAUCCUGGUAUGUGCAGAUCUGUUUCCGAGAAACAUGAUUUUUGUAUUAUAUCGAUAUGA